AGAUGGGUAACGCAGAGCCGAGAGAAGCCUCUCUUUCCUUUUAAGCGCUGCAGCACAAAGAAGUAUGACCUGACCGAAGUUGCCCGUGCCAUGUAAAUGCUCUGAAGUUCCAUAAUGUCAGAAGCUAGGUAUCCAGAAAGUAAAAGGUCCCGAGUAAGUUUGUCACUGAGUAAAAAGAAGAAAAAAAAAGAAACGGCAAAGAAAGUGGAAAUUAAAGGAACACCAUCUCUCCGUUCAGAAUCCUCCUCUAUUACUUCAUUUUUUAGCAAUGUUCCCCCUGCAAAAAUUACCUGUCCCAUGUGCGGGCAAAUGGUACCAAGAUACGGAAUAAAUGAGCACAUGGAUGCCACGUGUCCAAGCAGCCGCGGCGAGCUGGGUGGUGUUGAUUCAGCACUGAGCUCUGGUAAGACUGAGGGGCCUCCGGGUGCAAAUGUGGACAAUAAUUCCAGCCCACACUUUUCAAAAAACCUCUCAAAUCUAAGGCCAAGUCCUUCCAAAAGCAAUUCAUUGAAAACAGAAGGGAGCACAGCACAACAUACUAGCCCUUAUUUUAGCAACAGUAGUUCAGACUGUAGCGUUCAUAGUGAACCAAGGGGUCAAACAGUUAAAAUCGUCUCUUUGGGAAGCUUGUCAUCUAAACUGUCCAGAAGACGUUGCGUGCAGGGAGAAAAACAGGUAGUAUAUAAAGAGAUCGACUCUUCACCUCCAGCUGUUCACAAUAUGUGCAAAAAUGCUGCAAUACUGGAUGAUGCUGAUGCUGAGAUUUUUUCUGGGCAUAGUUCUCAGAAAGAAAAUGAGCUUGCUCAGGGAGAGCAUGAGGAACAAAAUCUUUCAAAAAAGAAAUCUGAAUUUCAAGAAGAAAUAAGCAAAUGUAGUAGGGAAGAGCUUGUGGAUGUUGUUCAGGUGUCACUACCAGCUGUUAACAGCAAGAGAUUACCAUUUGGUACAAGGAACACCGAAACGGAAAGUAGAUCUGAAGGAGUGAUGCUUAAUCCUGAAAAUUUUGAUACACAUUUAGCCAUUUAUACUUCACCAGAGCCGAUCAGUAGUUUGGAGGUAAAGACUCAGCUCCAUGCUCAACUUACUCCGUCUUCCAAAAUGGAAGUGAACUGCGGUACACAAAAUUGCUUUGGAAAGGGUGAUGUACAGGUACUUCCUGUGGAAGUUCAUGAACACUUUAAGGAUGAAAUUGAUCAUAAUUUUUCAGAAACUGUGCAAAAGGUGGAGUUUCAAAAUUCCAUUGGUGACAUUUUAGACAAAAUAAAUGAGGUUACCUCUGUUCCCAACGCUCCUGGUCAACCAUAUUACCUCCAGAAUUUUUUAGUGGUGUUGCGAGCAGUGUUGGAGAAUGAAGAUGAUGUGAGACUAUUUGAUGAUCAAGAUACGAACAUUAUUACUAAGUUCUGUCAAUUAUCAGUUGGUGGGCAGAAGUUAUAUGUGAGACUUUUUCAACGCAAGCUGAACUGGUUAAAAGUGAACAAAAUAGAGUAUGGAGAGAUAAGUUUGGAUUUGUCACCAAUAAUUGAAGAACUGGUUGAAGCCAGAUUUCUGCAGACAGAAUCUGAACUGGAAGACCUGUGUGAAGGGCUGGAUUUGCUUUCAGCCCCUGAGCUAAAAACAUUAGCAAAGAUCUUUCACUUGCCAAACCCAAACAGUCAGAAACAGCAACUUGUGGAUGAUUUUCAGAGGUUGGCAAAACAACGUUCAGUCUUCAGCAGGAGUCAGGCUGGUAUUGGGACAGUGAUUUUAAAAAGGGUGAAGGAUCUAGCUGGAAGAUCUAUCAGGGUCUGUAAAGGCCCUCGGGCCGUCUUUUCUCGAAUCCUGCUGCUAUUUUCACUCUCUGAGUCAAUAGAGGAUGAGGAAGCUGGUAGUGCCAUACCAUACAUGGGGCGUAUGGUAUUCCCCAGUUACACUGUAAAUAGGAAAACACAAAUCUUCCAGGACAGAGAAGAUCUUAUCAGGUAUGCAACUGCUGCUCAUCUGUCAAAUGAUAUAGCCACUGCACUGGUAAAUGGGAACUUGGAAGAAGCUAAUCAUCUCUAUACAUGUGCGAAAGAAACGUGGAAUGAAGUGAAAAAUCACCCCUCUUUGAGCUAUCACCGAGUUCUACCUGAGUACCUGCGACGUUUCACAGUUGGCUGGGUAUAUACAAGAAUACUUUCUCAUGGUGUUGAAAUUUUGCAGAGACUUCACAUGUACAAGGAAGCGGUGAAGGAGCUGCAGGCUCUUUUGUCUCAGGAUGUGUACUGUACUGACAGCAGAGGGCGAUGGUGGGACCGCCUCGCUCUGAAUUUACAUCAGCACUUGAAAAACACUAAGAAGGCCAUUGACUGCAUUAGAAAGGGACUGGCAGACCCAUUUGUACGUACUGGGCAUCGUCUCUCUCUCUACCAGCGGGCCCUUCGCAUCAGAGACUCACCGAGCUGCAGGCAGUUCAGAUGCCUGCUGCAUGACCUGCCAGUCAUAACCGUGGAGGAUGUGACGCAUGUUACAAUCAAAGGGAAGAUGUGUCCUCAAAUAGGACUGGGAAAAUCUGUGUUCCUAAUGGAGGAUGUUGGUGAUGAAGAAGGAGGCGAAGACUUCAGUGUAUCCACAGUCAUGUGCUCAGUUGAGGAGCUUGCCUUAACUCAUUACAGGCAGAAUGGUUUUGAUCAGGGUAUUCAUGGCGAAGGUUCAACAUUUAUUACGCUGUUUGGUAUUCUAAUGUGGGAUAUCGUUUACAUGGAUGGCAUACCUGAUGUCUUCAGAAAUUCCUAUCAGACAUUCCCCCUGGAUUUAUACACUGACAGCUUCUAUGAGAACAGGAGGGAUGUCAUUGAGGCCAGGCUCCAGCAGCUUCAUGCAUCGUCCUCAGAGACUCUGGCAAAGUUGAUUGCUGACAUCUGGACUACUCAGGAGGGAAAAGCAGCAGCACUGGUUAGCUGGGGACGUUUUGUUUCCCUCCAGCAAGUUCAGAGCCUUGUCUCUUGCCUUGGAGGAAUAUUUCUGAGUGGUGUUUUUAGGCGACUUUCCAAAGAUUUGCGCCAUUGCAGAGGGGGACUGCCUGACCUGGUUGUGUGGAGUACUCACAGUAAUCACUUUAAGUUGGUGGAGGUGAAAGGUCCCAACGAUCGCCUGUCGCACAAGCAGAUAAUCUGGCUGAGUGAACUGAAGAAGCUGGGUGCUACAGUAGAAGUUUGUCAUGUGCAAGCAGUUGGAGCUAAGAGUAAACGCCUCAGUUGACAAGAUACGUCUUGCUCACACGGGUAACUUGGGUGUUUUAAAGGAAGUGGCACAACACACACACUACUGGCUGCUGCUUAUUUAAAAUAUCGUCUUCUAAACAAUAUUGUGCUCUGGCUUCUUGGAGCACAAAACAUUCUAAGCAAUAGUUGGAAGAAACUUCAUGAUUUAAUGUAUGUCACGUGUUCAGAAGAACAUAGCAUCUCUCAUUUAUACACAAUUCUUAAGUUUAUCUGUGAAAAGUAAUCUUUGCCCAGUGAAGACAAACAGCUGCAGUCACAUUUGUACCAAUGAGAACACUACAAUAAAAAAUGUGGGGCAUCAAGGUCU